AUUUCUUGACUUAGUACCCUGGCCGUGGCUACUGUAGUUAAGAAGGAGGCUGGCUAAUUGAGCACAGGGUUCCGGGCGGCUUGGCCUUCCCUCCCUCCAAAUCUGCCGGAGUCCCACAUGAGCAUAUUCCAAUAAGGAUUGCUAAGGGAGAACAUACAACAGACGAAUAUACUACAAUGAACCCUUUACAGAAAAUACCAGUAAUUAAGGAUGGAGACUUCACUUUAACCGAAUCUGUGGCCAUGUUCAGAUAUUUGGCGCGUGAAAAGGACAUUGCUGAUCAUUGGUAUCCUAAGGAUAGUAAAGCUCAGGCUCGCGUGGAUGAAUACCUUGAAUGGCAACAUCUGAAUACAAGAAUGCAGUGUGCAGGAUACUUCCGAGCAAGAUGGCUGAUACCUAUUUUGAAACAGAAGCAACCAAAUGAGAAGUUAGUGGCUCAGCUGAGAAAAGGAAUGGAGGAAUGUCUUGAUACAAUUGAAAAGACCUGGUUGAAGGAAGGCAAUCAGAAGUUUAUGUGUGGAGACACAAUAUCUGUAGCUGAUAUACUGGCAGCAUGUGAACUAGAGCAACCAUCCAUGGCAGGAUACGAUGUACGUAAGGAUCGACCCAUCCUCUCCUCCUACAUGACCAGGGUCAAGGACAUCCUCAAUCCACACUACGACGAAGUCCACACUGCUGUUUAUAAGAUGACAAAGAAGUUCGGAGGAAAGAUUCCAGGAGUUACAGACACAAAGGAAAAUUAAUUCUUAAAUUUGUUUUAUCUUAUACAUUAACUUUAUGUUCUGUGGAGGCGAAGUGGGUCAGGGGCCCAGACGUACUUACUU